AUGCUAUCAACAGCCAGCCCGGCAAGUAGCACUCGAGAUGAAGUCCCUGACUUGGAUGCGUCAACCCAGCUUUUGCUGGAUGCAUCAACUGUGAUCGAGGAAGACCAAGCCCCGAAAACUACCAGCACCGUUGUGGUAUCUUCGCCAGAAAGUACCCGAAGUGUGCUGCCCCUGCUCAAUAUCGGCGGCGAAGAUGCUCAGGCUUCGUUCUUCGCCUUCAAUAAAGAUUUUGCCCUGACGAAAUCAACAUGCGUUUCUCCAACUUUCCACAUCUUGGAUCCUUACAGUUAUAAAUUGCCAUCCAUCGCAGAUUCGAGAGAGCGGUCUACUCCUCGGGCCCAACCGCUGGGCAAUUGCAGCUAUCCGGUUCUUCAGUACCUAGAUCCAUUCAUCGACGUUGAUUUCGGGUCAAAACUAGCCUGUGAUUUGUUGGACACCUAUUUUUCCACAGCAUUUUCCAGCCGUAUGCACCCAACAUGUCACCACGUCCACAAUUUUAUCUUGCGCAAAUCAGAUGUGCUGGACCCUCUUCAACCCAGAAAGACUCAUCCGGCACUGUUGGCGAGUAUGCUCUUUGUGGCUGCUCUGAGUGACAAGGCCUUGGGAUUAUUCAAUGGCCCUGAAGAACGUGAUCGUGUGUGCAAGUAUCUCAGUCUAGUCACGUAUCGUCUCCUAAACCCUUCCCGAUAUGAGCCCCUUUUGAGUCAAGAAGAUCUCGGCUUGCUUCCGGCAGUCGAAUCGGCGCCGGGGUGGACAAACGAAGAUCUAAGGAGAGCACUUCUUUCACAAAAUCAUUCGGACUCAUUCCCUAUAUCAUGGCCAACGGAUUAUAUCAUUGCCCUGAUCCACGUGUCGUCCGUGAUAAGUGGUAGUGAGAAGAAAGCUGCGAGCAUUCGAUGGUGGAACGUGGCCUUCAACCUAGCCAGGGACUUGAAGCUCAACCAGGAAGUAGAAAUCUUCAACCCAUAUCAUGCAACAGUAAACCACACCUUCAACUGCCAGUGUACGGUCAGUCCAGAGAUUGGAUCAGACACCAUCUCCGAGGUCCAUCGAGAAGAGCGACGGAGGACUUGGUGGCUUCUCUUCCUAAUGGACCGUCAUCUCGCUUUGUGCUAUAACCGUACCUUAGCCCUGCUUGAGGCAGAGUGUCGAGACUUAUUGUUACCUCUCGACGAUAUAACUUGGCAGAAAGCCAGCCAACUACAUAGCCAUGGGAUUCGGCCAAAUGGUCCUCGAUGUAUGCUGCUGCCGAUGGGUACAGGGCGCAUGAAUGGGCCUCCAAUAACUUGCACCGGACCUGGACUCUUCGAGUUCUUUCUACCACUUAUGACCACGACAGGUCAUCUGUUGGACUACAAUCGAGCGAAGAACAACCCGAUACUAGCCGCUACAGGGUCUUCGAUCUGGACCUCCCAAGAAGGACAAAUCCUCCGACAGCUUGACCUUUACCAGUCAAGUCUCGAUCGUCUUUCGGGCACGAUGCAUCUGCUUCAUAGACGUGGUUCUGAAAAAGACUCGUCGUGGUCAACGUCUCCCACAGCCGUGGCAGAAGAUUCCGAAGGGGCACAUAUUGCUCGGACAGUUGCAGCAUAUGCUAAACAUGUUCUUUGCGUCCUUCGAAUUCUAAUUUCCUCAAAGUGGGAUCCGCUCUAUCUUUUUGAUGAUUCCGACUUAUUCACAUCAUCACUAUCAUUCAAAGAUUCCAUAUCGCAUACCAUGGCCGCGUCAGAGUGCGUAACGCAGAUCCUGGAGGAGGACCCAGACAUCUCGUUCAUGCCAUAUUUCUUUGGAAUCCAACUACUCCAUGGUAGUCUACUCCUCCUUCUUGUCGCUUAUCGUCUCCAGACAGAUUCUGGAACGGCGAUACUUACGGCAUGCGAAGCAGUAAUUCGAGCUACAGAAGCUUGCUUUGUGACUCUUCCAACCGAUUAUCAGCGCCAGUUUCGCAAUGUCAUGCGAUCUGCUAUCGGGCUUGCUAAGGGCAGAAGAAGCGACCCGGCUGACACAGAAAAGCAACUUACUUUCGUCCUUGCGAGAUAUCGAUGGUCAAGAAAUGGUGCUGGACUUGCUCGUUGA